GACACAAAUACGCGCUCACCUGAGGAAUGCCUUUUACGCACACAAACACACUACAUGCCACAGAGUGAAACUGGUAACUGACAAGGGAAAAAAAACUUAAUUAUUUACUCUUAAGGUCCACUCGGUUUGAAAUGACGUCGUUCACAUGAAACCGCGUCAAGGGCAAAAGUGUGAUCGCUACAGACAAGAAGUUCCUGGAAACAGCGCAGAGAGCUGUGACGCUGCAAACACACAGAUUCCUCGGAGGCUUGACUUCUGUGCUCAGUUUACAGCCUUCAGCAGAAACACACUGAGAGAGAAACUCUGCUGUUGAUCUCUUACGCAGAUCACAGCCACAGCUCCGAGGACUGGAGCAGACAUUCAUCCUGACAUGUCACUUUGAGGAAAGUGUUUGCGACAACAAUAGGUAUGAGCCUUGGAUUACUGCUUUCUGAGUAAAGCAAACUUUACAAAACUCAGCUUCCCAACUUUCCGGUGUUUCAGCCAUGAGUGGAAAAGGCUGUCAGCUGCUGGUGUCUCCUUGUAGCGUGUCUCCAUCGCUGAGCAUGAUCAGAGGACACCAGUCCCAGUCCAUCAGGAUGCCCCUGUCCUCCCCACAACGGACAAACCUCAGUCCCUCCUCGGGGAGAAUGGACAAAGCGAAAAGAGGGACCGUCCAUGACUUAACCUCUGGGAAACAGAGCGGAAACCAUGUUGUCCUGCCGAACCUGAGCCUCCGCAGAAGGGUGUUGACCAACGGGAAGCAUCUCAGCAUGUCGACUGCUUCACCUGCUGCUCAUCAUGCAACAGGGACAUCUAACGCACAGACACGACUCUGCUCCUCUAAUAACAGCUUCAAAGAUUGCCCUGCGUCUGGUCCUGCCAUGGAUGUAUUUGGUCAAGCAGCUGGUGUUAACCUAACAGUGACCAGCAGUCCCAUGGCAAUAGUCACAGGCCAGCCAUAUACCGCAGGCCCUGCAGCACCUCCUCCUCCGUCGCAGGCUCACAGCGUUCCCCACACGGAUGCCAGAUCUGUGCUGUCCAGAGAAUCCCUGGCAUCCACCACGCUCAGCCUGUUUGAAACGCAGUCGAUGUUUAGUGGCAGACAUGACUGGCCAUAUGGUUACCGUGUGCUUCCUCCCCUGGGACUACCUCAGAGCUCCACUCAGGCCAGCGAGGGCGUGGAGCAGCUCAGCCUUUCCCCCGGCACAACCAUAUCAGGCGGCACGAGCACCUCCGCCUCCCUGCCCUCGUAUCUCUUCGGAGGUGAGGCCGGAAGCCCCAGACAGUCUCGUGCGAAGAAGAGAGCCCUGUCCAUGUCGCCUCUCUCCGAUGUCAUGGGCAUUGAUUUCAACUCCAUUAUACGCACCUCGCCUACCUCGCUGGUGGCUUACAUCAAUGGCUCCCGCAGCUCCCCGGCCUCCCAUCCCACGCUCUCGCCCAUUCAUUCAGAGAGUUACGGUCACUUUCUGGGUGUGAGGGGCCGCUGCAUCCCCCAGACCCAUCCCUACACCAUGCCAGGCUCUUCACAAGCCCUGGCCCCGCAGUCAGAGUGUGGCCGUAUGCAGAUGCUUGAAGAGGGAGGGGGUCUGGAGAGCCAGAUGGCUAACAUGGUGGUGGAGCAGCAGUGCCUCCCCGAUGAAGGACGGGUGCUGGAGAAGACUUCAGACAGAUGCAGCCAAACCGCCAACAAUAUGCUGCCACCUCUACAGUUAGAGCCAAGUCUGUUGACUUCUAUCCAAGAGGCUGCUACUCCACACGGGCCUCCACCACCCUACCACUCGCACCAGCACGUCCACCUCGCCAGACAUCACGGCAGAAUAAAGCCCCCUUCUCAGGACGCACAAGCUCCUAUGGGUCCUCCCAGGCACGGGGUCAGCUUUUUACCCCAGAUGCGGAUGCUGGAAGAAGAAGAGGGAGAGCUGGAUGACUAUGGGGCCCACUGCUGCAGGUGGCUGGACUGCAGCGCGGUCUACGACCAAAAGGAGGAGCUGGUGAGGCACAUAGAAAAGCUUCAUGUGGACCAGAGGAAGGCUGAGGAUUUUACAUGUUACUGGGUGGGCUGUCCACGCAACUUCAAGCCUUUCAACGCCCGAUACAAACUUCUUAUCCACAUGAGGGUCCAUUCAGGAGAGAAACCCAACAAGUGCUCGUUUGAAGGCUGCAAGAAGGCUUUCUCUCGGCUAGAAAAUCUGAAGAUCCACCUGCGGAGCCACACGGGGGAGAAACCCUAUAUGUGUCAGCACCCGGGAUGCCACAAGGCUUUCAGCAACUCAAGUGACAGAGCUAAACACCAGCGCACACACCUGGACACAAAACCAUACGCCUGCCAGGUACCCGGCUGUGCAAAGCGCUACACUGAUCCCAGCUCCUUGAGGAAACACAUGAAGUCCCAUUCGACAAAAGAACGACAGCUACGGAAGAAGAUGAAAUCCACUGCUGAUGUGACGCAGGAUACGCUGACAGACUGUUUAACCAUCCAUCCUCUACAACCAAGCCUUUCUCCUCUGGCAAGGCUAGACAACAACUUGAACACGUCCCCUGGUGCCUCCCAUGAGUCAUACUCUGAUGUUCCACGGGGACAAGACUCCUACAGCAAUCCUCACCUGGCUCUGUUGUUCUCCUUACAGGAUAAUUACAGGUUUGUUGAUCCUUCCCCUCACCAGCUCUUCCCCGGGGACCACUGUGGGUCUCGCUCUUCCACCUGCCUCCCGCAUCCUCCCACUGGGACAUCCCUGCAGCACAGCUGUGAUCUGAAGCAGCCGCCCAGUCAGCCACCUGAUCUGGCAGAUCACAGCGCAGGAUUUGGUGUCCACGUUCAAGCAGACGAUGUGGCCGCUAAUCAAGAAUUACAUGAAGGGGAUUUCUUUAACGUAGUGGAUCGCCACACAAGCCAAGUCUCCUGCAACUAUACGGAAGGAUGAUACUCCUCACUUGUGGGUUUCUUUUCUUUGCACUAUUUUGUAUCACUGUACCAUUCAAAUUAAAUGCCUAACAGGAAAGGCAUGGCAGUGUGACUUAGCGUCAACUACAUCUAGCAAAAAGAAAAGGAUAUUCAAUGAAACAAACUGUUUAAGAUACCACUUCCUGCAUCAGAAUGAAGGAACUGACUCUUCCACUCUUCUACUAAAUCUCUGUAAAUGUACUGACAAUUGGCUUCUUUUAUCCUCAUAAUCGAUGUACAGUAAUGACUGUGCCUAUAGGAUUUUGAUGUUUACUCCCUCAGUUUUUAUACAGCUUGUGUAUAAUAUGUAGCUCAUAUUUUAAGUAGUUUCUGAUGACAUUUUGCACAAUGCUCAACACUGCAUUCAAAGCGAAGUAUGUAAGGGAUCAUUUAUUAAGGUUUUUCUUAGAACCAUGGCUUUGUAACUAUAGUAACAAGACAGCCUUAUCAUUUCACUGUUCAUACACAUAACCUGUUGUUUGGAUAUACUAACAUGCUGUGAGUACUUCUGCACCUAGAUUGUGAGGCUGAUUUGUGGCAUUGACCAUACCUGGACUUGGAAAUGAUUUUGUUCCUCGUUCUGCUCAUACUUUCUUUACACUUCACAUUAUAGCCGUGCCCCCUGCAAGCAUGGAAUAAUGCUGUACAUUUGUGAACCUCUUUUUAUUCUGUAUUUCAGUUCAUUUUCAUACAAAGAAAAAGGAAAAAUGCGUACUUGAAAAGCUGAUUGAUACCGAGAAACUAUUACAGUGAUUAACUGCUUUUCGUAUUAAUUGCGUUGGAUUGUACUACAAAAUGAUACCAGCCAAUUUGUACUUUUAGUUGUAUUACAAUUUAAAACAAAAAAAUCACUGUGGACACAAGACAUAAGUACAUUUCAAGUCUUCUUCUCUUUUUUCACAUUUUUUUAAGUGCAGUAAAAAUGUUUAUGAGCCUAAAGAAAACUACAACAAAUUCUAAAACAAGCUUUGAAAAUGAUCUGCAGACAUAUACCUGAUUUGUAGUUAAUGGGCUUGUAUAUGCAAAGACACUUCUGUGGUGCUUAGAUAUUUCAAAUGGCUCAAGAAAAAGAAUCAUUUGUAUUCUUUUCUAAUUUAUUUUUUAAAAACUUUAUCACACAUUUAUUUUACAAGGUUAUCGAAGACGUGUUCCCCUUUACAUAUUAAGAAUCACAAAUUCAGAAAUGUUAUUACAAAAUAUAAAUGAAAGGCAAGAGAUGUUAAUUUAUACCUUUUAAAUAUCCUAUUUUUCUCUGACUCAAGGGCAAAGCCACUGAUUUAGUUGUUUGAUACUCUCAAAAAUUCUGUUUUUUUUUUUUUUUUUUUAAAUGUAAAUAGUGGCUUUAAAAAAAUGUUUUAGGUGAUACUUUUUAAAAAGCUAUAAAUCUGAUUCAAAAGCAAACUCAUCAAAUUGUUCAAGUCUCACUGUAGAAUCUAAUUCUAUUUCCAUUGAACAAAACAAGACAAGGUUAAAAGGCAGAACACAGCAAUUGCUUUGUGACAGCAACAGGAAUAACAGCGAAACAGAGGAAGCAAUAUGCUAACAUAAAUCGCAGAUAUAAUUAGCAACCACUGGCCGUGUUUCACUAUAAAAAUCAGUUGGCACCAGACUUCACAGCAGUUAUUCUUCUUGUUUGAAAUUGAAAGGACAAACUGUUUUACUUGAAUAUAAUUCUUUUAGCAGGAGUGUCAUGCUUCAGAUGGGGGUUUCAGUAGUUGCUAAGCAACAACAACAACAGCUUUUCCAAAAAGCAUCUGUUUAGUGCUGCUAAUCAAAAAAAAAAGUGCUGUGCCGUGGACACAGGUGGUUGGUUAAGCUUUGUACCCAGUAAGAAGCCUCUUAACAAUGCUGGCUUUGUUGGGUCACUGUUCCCAAUUUAAAAGUUUUGCAUGAUUUUUUUUAACCUCGAUUUUUUUUGAUUUGGUAAAAUGUUUUAACUUGUUGCAUUUGAGUACAUUAAUUUCAGAGAUAUUUUUUCACCAUAUCCACCACUUUUGCACAAAAUACUCAUGCUAGUUGUCCAACAAAAUGGCAAGCAGUGAUUUGAAAUAUUAUUGAAAAUAUUUUUUCAAUAAUGAUUUUUUGUUUUUAAAAGCUAAAACAACCACUUUCAAAACUGUUUUGGCCCCCUGGCGUGUUCCUGAGUGGAGUUUGCAUGUUCUUACUGUGCCAGCAUCAGGUUUCUCUGGAUGCCCCAGUUUUCUCCCACAGUUCAAACGUAAGCAUGUUAGAUUAAUAUGUCAGAUGUAUUUCUAAUGUCAGAUAUGUGAUUAUAGACUUAGACAGACUUUAUUAAUCCACAGAGCGAAAUUCUGUUGUUACUGUAGCUGGGUAUUCAACAAGGGGGUAAACAACAAGACAACACAGAAUAUUAGGGUCAGGUAUAACGUGAAAGUCAUAAAAUAAAAUUUGAUAAGAAUAUAGAAAACAAUAUAAAAAGAAAAAAUAACAAAAUAUACAAGAAUAUACAAGAGUGAUACAGAAAUGUGCAAAUGAACAGAAUGUGCAAAUGAGAGUGUGCUUAGAUGUGCAAAUGACAUAAGUAAAUUGGCGCUAGAUGUGAAUUUGAGGGCGCAUGGUUGUCUUUUUGUCUGUCUGUGUUAACCCCAUAAUGGACUGGCAACCUGUCCAGGAC